ACCUGUUAGCAAUUUGGCGGUUAUUUGGCGACCUGUGCCAGUCCGUCUCAUCGUUUUUACUCGCUUCCUUUCAAGAAGAUUUGAACACCGCUUCAACAUGAGUCGUAGCCUAGAAAAGAUAAAUUAUGAGGAUCACCCUCAAGAUGGAGAAAGAGGAGAGGAAGCAGCAGUGUUUGAGGAAUAUGUACAAUCUGUAUUCGCUGAAUUUGGAGGCACACUUCUGUAUACGUUCGUUGCAUGUAUGGCUGUCACUACAGAAAAUCUAGUUGCCAUUGCUUUUGCCGAAGGACUGACCAUUGCUGUACUGUGUUCUGCAUUUCUGAAAAUCAGUGGAGGACAUUUCAAUCCAGCAUUAACAUUCGCAGUGUGUGUUUCCGGAGGUUUAAAUCCCGUCUUGGCUGCCAUUUACUUAAUCGUACAACUAAUUGGGGCCAUGAUUGGUGCAGCAUUUGUGAAGGCUGUGGUAUUGAAUAUUUCAUAUGACGAUAUCGACGGUGGCGUGAACAAACUGCGAGGAAGCAUUCCAUACGAUCCGUACGAUCUGGAACAUGAACUAGACGUCACCGGUGGAACGGCCGUUGUUGUUGAAAUCCUUAUCUCUCUCAUGAUAUUUUCAGCAUAUAUGAAUGCAAACGUUGAUUACAAGAGCAAACAAAUGUCAGGCCCCUUGGCGUACGGGUUCUCAGUCACCGCCGGCAUAUUGUCUUGCUUCUUUGCCUCCGGUGCUUCAUUCAACCCAGCCCGCUCGUUUGGUGCAGCCAUAUGCUCAGGUUAUUGGAACGAACAUUAUAUUUACUGGGCGGGACCUUUCUGUGGUGCGAUUUUCUCUGGUCUUUUCUACAGACUCAUAUUAGGUGACAGCAAGAGGAGGUUGGUUGCCCGUGAUUGAUAGAUUUUCCAAAACGAUGUCAUGUGACUGUUUUUACCGACUCUUAUUGGCUAUUUUGCUGAUAAUUUAAUGCACCUCGUUUUUAUACCGCGCCUUUGUUUAUCUAGUAAUAUUAACGAAAUUAACUUAGCUAGGCUUUUACUGGUAUUGGAUUAUUAUAGAGUACUGUAUGUGCUAAUUGACUUAAAAGCGAUAAAUGAAAAUACAUACAUACAUUAGAUAAUAUUAAGAAGAUAGAUUUCACUAAGGAGCUAAAUAAUUUUCUGCAUAUUGUCUGUGAUAACACUUGUCUACACCCAGUACAGCGUUGUAGAAUGGUAUGAAUAUGAUGAUUAACCAGACGAACAUUAACAAUGUAUAUUAUAUGUUGAAAUAGGUGUAGAGCAAACUGAUAUUUAUCUUACAAGUAUGGCUACCAUUACAAUUGCCAUUACAAAUAAUUUGAUAGUGAAAUUACGAUAAGAGCAGAAGUUCGGAAUAUUAUAAAAAUUAUUUAUAAAUCACAGUACAGUGAGAAAGUGUUACUUUAACAGCGAUUCGAUUCUCAUUAACUGUAAAAUUAUAUAAGACACAAAAUAAUCAUUUCAUUCAACAUUUUUUAUUAAUACUGCGAUAUCAAUACUUUCUCUCGCGAGAUCACACGCCACCGUGUGCUGGCGCACUUUGUAAUAUUCGUUGCAUUUCGUAAUAAAAAUUGUCACAGUUGUAGUAACG